GAGAGGCAGCAAAGGCAGCUCCAGCUGGGCAACUCGGAUGCAGCGCUACACAAACAGAAGCAAAAGGUUUCACAGUUCACUAUUUUGGAGAUUUCUGUGGAGCUUUUGUGAAAUGAAAGUGCUUGCCUUGAAUUAUAAUUAUGGAUUUUUUAAAAAAAUUAGCAAUUAAUGUAUUAAAUUGGUUUGAAAUACUUUGAAUGAUAUAAGGAGAGUGAGCAUUAGGUUUAGUUGCAAAAAUACGCAGUUAUAUAUUGGUAUGUCCAGUAAAUCCAAAAGGUUUUCUAGCAUUAACUUGCUUUUUUUUUGCUCAGAUUUGUCUACAGGAUGUACAGGCAUUUUGGCUCAUAUAUUCAGCAUUCCUUGGGGUAUGAUGUGAAUAUUUUUUGUCAAAGAGCACUUUCUGUUUGGACCCUUUCGAGUUGAGAAUGCAGAGCACACUGGAAAGGCAGAUGGGCUGAAACAUUAAUACCCACUCAAUGACCUUUUGAUAAGUAAUGCAUAAAUAAGGCAGGUUAAUACUAAAAAGUCCAUUUGAAGUAAUUAGAGUGCUAACAGUCUUUCAAACUGCUUUAAAGGUAUAAUGCUUUAAUGGCCCACAAACGUGUAGGCUAAUUCAGGUUUUGGUGCACAGAGUUCUACCUGUUUGUAAUACAUCUUAGAGCAUGCUGCAGUAGUUGCCAUUCUAGAUUAAGCAAGAUCUUUAAACAUAAAGUCAGACAGUGUAAUCGACUUCUAAAUAAACAGGCAUCAGCUGAGCUGAUUACAGUACUCUUGUAAUGUUUAAGGGGUGAAAAGUAAAUAAUUUUUUUUUUUUUUUUUUUAAGCAUUUGGAUGACUGAGCUGUGCCAUUUGAACAUACUGUAACUAGUGGAUAUGAACUGAGUCAUUUAAACAUGCUGUUGUGGCCUCCUGGAAAAUAGCUAAGUCUAUUCUGAGAGUAAAUUGCACUCAUUGGGCUAUUAAGGUGCAUGGAUGGGUAAUAUGUUUAAAGAGCUAUACUUCAGAUCCACCACAACUGUCCAGCAAUGUUUUAACUUCUAACAACAAUUUAGUGUGAUAACAGUCAACUGAUCUCUUGUUAUUGGUGCUCUAAUGACUUCCUUGAUCAUGCUCUUAUAACAUGGCUCAGUAUGAGGAUGUGCGUGUGGAGCUGACUGCUGUGCAGAGGGAGCUGCUGGGGGUGCAUGAGGAGGCCAGGGGGGGGGCACAGGCCAGGGAGCGUUUGGCCCACGAGCUGCAGACAAAAGUGGCUCAGGUGUGUGCUCUAGAGGGCCAGCUGGACUCAGCCCGAGCACUCGCACAGAACCUUACACAGGAGAUUAAACGGCUGGAGGUGGAAUUGGAGAAGCUGCAAAGGAGAAGUGUCUCGGGGGAUUCCAUGUUGUUUUCCACUCCAUGCUGGAACAUGAACUCGCCCUGGCACCAAAGUGGUGAUAAGGAUGGUACUGGAGGAGAAGUUGAUGCCAAAACUCACCCUAUCCAUCAACAGCUGCUCUUUGGAGAAAGCCCCAAACCCUCAGUGCAUGGCGUUUUAUCCGAGGUCGCACAGCAACCACACAAAACUCCACCCCUCCGGCGCAGAGUCUACCAAUCUGAGGCUCGCCCCUUCUCCUCAGUGUUUCCAUGGGACCGGGAUGACACAAGGUCCACUCCUAGAGGGAGACCAGCAUCCACCUCCUCUUCGUCCAUCUCCUCGAACGAUGUCAUCACCUUAGACAAGGGUUCACGGGAUGGUGAGACUGAGGAGGCUCUUCGAAAAGAGAGAGAUGAGGCGUGUUUGCAUGUGUCUGGGCUGCAGCGAGAGCUGCAGCUGGAGAAGGAGCGCUGUCAAGAGGCAGAGACCCAUCUAACUCAGGCUCAGAGAGAACUGAGCACAAAAGAUCAGAAACUGACCCGCUCCACAGAUGAGCUCGCCCGUGCACAAACGCGCAUCAUGCAGGAAGGGGACCGGGCUCAGGCAGCUGAACUGCGUGUGAAGCAGUUACAGGAGGAGCUGAAAUGCCAGAGACAGAAUGCUGAGACCAGUCGCUGCAAUGCUGAGCAGCGCAGGAGAGACAUGGAGAGAGAACACCAGAGAGAGCUACAGGAGCUGCAGAGAGAGAGACAGUCAUUGGAGAAGCAGCACCACCAGGAGAAUAACAGACUCACUCAGGAGAUCCAGCAAGCCAGGACACUUCACAACACACUACAGGCACAGCAUGACAAGCUGGCAUUGCAGAAGCAGACUGUGGAGAGGGAUCUGGAGGAUGUGCAUACCAAGCUAAAGAACAGGGAGGCCGAUCUGACGGAAAGUCAGAAGAGAGAGGCUCAAAUGCUGGAAAAACUCACGGAGUCGCUGAAGGAAAGUGAGAGCCUACGUUUGUCUCUGGAUCAGUUGAAGAAGAGGGAGAAGAGUCUGGAGGUAGAUGUGAAGAGGCUGACUGAAGAGUUGGCUGAAGCACUGAAGCUCAUCAAAGAACUUCAGGCCCAGCUUAUGGCUUCUCCUCUUCAAGUUUCUCAUCCGUUCACACCUGUUGCUGUGGAUAGCUUCACUCCUGUUCUCUCAAUCCACCAUGGCUGCACUUCUCCUCGCCAGCACUCAUCCCACAGGAAUAGGGCCCUGAAAGCUGAGAGACCAAGUGUGCAAGGCAUAUUAACAUAUCCCCCAGACAGAGAACCCGGUGAGGGUAUUGACUCGGAGCACAUCAGUGUUUAUGGGUCUGAAAACACCCUGAAACUGAGCAUCAAACAGGCAGAUGAUGAGCAUGGAGCUGGGAACCCUAGUGUAGUGGACAUGGACAGCUCAAUGACUGAGCAAGACACAGGGAUAGAAGACACAGACACAGAAUCUUAUAUGUCUGAUUCAACCAGCGAGCGCCUGUUUAAAGAUGAUGCCUUUCCUCAGAAGGAUAUUUGUCAUGACACAGGGAAUGAAAAUUCAACCCCUUUGGAUCAGGAAAAAAAACAAGACUCAUCUCUUGCGGAAUUAGAGAAUGAGAAUGCUGUUCUUCGUGAGGAGCUUUGCGACGUCAAGCGGGAGCUGGAGCAACGUCUGGAAGACCUAGAGACCCAGAGAGGGGCGGAGGCAGAGGCAAGAACCAAAUUGAAGCAGCUGAGUAAGAAACACUCCACCCAAGUUGAGCAACAUCGUGCCAAGGCCCUGGAGCUCAAAGAGAAAGGUGGGAAACUGGAGGCGCAGCUUGACAUGGAGAGGAAGGAGACCACAAGGCUCAGGGAGGUGGUGGCUGCACUGGAGAAGGCGGCUGAGAAAAGACUGGAGGAGAGAGAAAGGGAGCAGGAAGAGAGGCAGGAGGAGAACACACAGCUCAAAGAGGACUUUGCUGAGAUGGAAAGGAAGGUAGCAGAGCAUGAAGGAGAAGGGGAGAGAAUCCAAAAGGAACUUGCGGCUCUUCAGUGUGAGCUUCUGCAGGAACGGGAAGAGAGGGGGCGGGAGAGGGAGGAAGAGAAGAAACGACUCAAAAACAGUGAAAUGGAAGGAUUAAAGAUCGCUGAACUCCAAGCGAAGUUGGACCAGCUACAAAGGUCUGCUGGACUGGAGGACAUAAAUGUACAAGGAAACAUGCCGUUAGGCUAUCUGCAGCUUGGAAACCAAACACACACCACAUAUGACAUUACUGCAUUUGAAAAUGAUGUUAUUUCACCUCUUUCCUUCUGUGAACCUGUAAACCUUCAAAAUAUUAUGUUCUCCAAGGAAACGGAAACAAUGGCGCUGAUUACAGAAGGCAGAACCCAAACAAAAUCUUCUGAAUGCUCUCAACAGAAUAGAGAGGACAACACUACAGCAGAGGAGCUCAAAGAGCAAGCAAAGACCAAAGAAAUGAUGGACCUGGACAACACUACCGUUUUAGUCUUAGAGGUGGAACGUUUGCGAACACAGAGAGACAGAGAAGCAGAGAAGGCGAAAAACGCCCAGAAAAAGCUGGACACUCUUCAGUGCCAGGUGACCAGUCAAACCCAGCUACUAACACUAGCAUUUGAGAACCAAAGCAAGCACAUUGAAGAUCUCUUGAGGGAGCUACAGGAAAGGGAUGAUGCCCUACGGAGUCGAGGAAUGGAACUGCAGAACUGUCUAGAAGAGAUUGCCUUGCUAAAAUCAUAUAAACUAAAAGAGAUGGACUCUGGGCUGCCCUUAAACACAUCUUUAGAGGACCUUGAGGAUCAACAUUGUAAUUUAGUAGUUAGCUGUGCUACUAUAACUACUGAAAUGGUUAAAGAAGAGGCCUCUCAGUUUGUUGAAGACAAAACACUACACGCUGAUCCACUACAGUCUUGCUCAAAUGAAGAGGCUAGAAAUGAUCAACCUGGCAAUGUCAGCCCUACUUCAGAUGUGUUGCAUAUGAGUAAUGUUACUGUAGACAAUAAGGUCCAUAUGUCACUACCUAUAUUAGAUGUACACUACAAAGAUUCUGCCCUCUUCACAGAAAACGCAACGGCAAAGGGUCCACUGGAACAGCUGGCUACUGCUCAGAAAGGCAGUCACCAUGUGCUUCAUAAGAACACAGAAAAUCCAAAGUGCGAAGGAGUGCCAAGUUCCAAGGAGACAGACAGACAGAAUGAUGCACUGGUCCUACAGAGGCUUUUGGAGUACCCUACAGAUGACCUCAAUGCUUUAAAGCGGGUAAUAUAUGAAUUCUAUGAAGCACAAAAUGAGCUGUCUUUGUUGAAGGUCAAACACAAGCAGCUAACACUGCAGCUGGAGGAAGUAUCAAGAGAGGAUCUUUUGUCCAUCAAGCAAGAGAAUGAACAGCUAAAAUUGAAGUUACUGGAAAAAGAAAAAGGUUUAGAACAUAUACCUGUGCUAAGACAAGAAUCUUCUGAUUUGGCAAACACACAACAGGAGGGUCUGCACAGCAAAGAUUGUGGAAAACACUGUCCUAGUCCCUCCUCUGCUCUGGAGGAGACGGUGGACGUUGAUGGAAGUUCAGAAGAUGGACUGAGAAAUAGCAAGGAGGAUGGCGGAGAGGAAAAUGGAGAGUGUGAAAUAGAGACACUUUCCGCUUUACAGGCUGACACUCCACAGGAACAGCUGCAGAUUCUGCAGGCCCAGAACCAGCUGCUCUCCGAGCAGAGCAGACAGCAGUCUGAAGAGCUGCAGAGGUGGAGGAUCUCUGCCUUGUCAUCGGAGGAGAUUUUGGGUCACCAUAGCAAUGGCCACUCUAUAGUGUUGGUGCGAGAAGACGAGCUUAUCCUCCCAUGCUGCCCCGAUUCACUACACGUUCACAGCAGACAGAGAAGGAGCAUGGUACAGCAGGGAGGUCUCUCACAGGAAAGGGGUUGCUUUGGCCAUGGGACUGGAGACAACCAAAUGGAUUAUCAGCUCGGCUCAGAAAAGACAACAGUCCACUGGCAACCGAUUCUCAAUGCCAAGGAAUUGAUUGCAAAGAGUAAUGGCUCAAUACAAGCAAACGAUAACCUAACAGUGGAGAUCAGAGACAUGAAUGUCAACACUGAAUUCUCAUCUAGUCCAGCCUCAUUUUCUGAAAUUGAGAUCUUUGAUGAUAGGCCUGAUUUAGUUCAAUAUGUUAAAAAAACAGGACCAAGAGAUGAUGACCAGCAAGCUGUCUCAGUCAAUCUUGACAUCCAACUCAAGGAAAACACUGUCAGAAAAGAAAGCCAGGAUGUUGUUUCAAUCUCACCUGAAACUCAGUCCAAAGUAAUAAGUCCAAAGCUAAGUACAGAAGCACCAACUAAGAAACACACCCAGAAGCCUACAGUUAAACAUGAUGCAUUUACUUCUCUACAAUAUGGUAAAGCUCUUGUAAACACACCAGAUUACCAAAUUAAGCAUGCUGCUGCUCCUGGGAGACAGACUGACAAACCAUUGAAGAGGGAGGAGGAUGUUGCAAUAAUGUGUCUUGCUUUAGACCAAAGUCAAAUAUCAGAGGUCACAACUGUCUUGGAGAGUCUACGCCAAGAAAAGGCAAAAGAAGUGAAGAGCAUGUCCACUCAGACAUAUGUGCAUAUGGAUUGGGAAGAGGAAGCACUCGGGGGCUCCAUUUCCCCAGGCUGUGGACACACUGUCAUCCAUGCCAGCACCCAGACCUACACUGAUGAACCAAAGCAGAGAGAGGAAGAGGAGGAACAGGACACUGGUAGUGCUGACUCUGCUCACUUCUCUCCAGCCCCACCGGGGGACCCAGAGAAACUCCUGUUUUCUGGAACGUUCCCAAUCCCGGCUGACCCAGCUCACCUAGCCGAGCGCAUCCGGCGCAAUCGCAGCCGUAUGUCAGUAGCAUACGAUGAUAUUGAGUACGAGCCUUACGGCCUGCCUGAAGUUGUCAUGAAAGGUUUUGCUGAUAUUCCUAUGGGUCCUGCUUGUCCUUAUGUCCUGCGCAGGGGGCUUUUGGGCACUGAUGCUUUACCCCUAUCUCUCAGAGAGCCCACACUCAAAGAGACAGAAGAUGAAGUUGACCCUUAAGAGACUUAAACUGCUGCUGGUUUAUAGAGGAGGCAGAUAGGAACCUGCCUACCUCAUCAAGAUGCUCUACCAGCCACAGGGAUGAUUCGGCAAUGAAUUUCAACUUCUUGGACAAGUGGAUUUAACAGUUGCUGCUUUUUGAAGCACAGUAACAUUCUCACAAAUGUUGCUUGUGAAAAGCAAGGCUUUACUGUAUAUAUCGUGCAAAUGUAUGUACAUUACAUGUGAUUUUGUGAUGUUGGCUCAGCUUUCAAAAACUUGAUAUCUUUAUAUAUUUUCCUCAUUGACAUCUUUCUUUUUUGCAGUAGCUUGAUUGUUGUGAAUAAGGUACAGUAAAAGGAGUGGAGGAUGUGUGUGUGUGUGUGUGUGUGUGUGUGUGUGUGUGUGUGUGUGUAAUAUGUCUCAGACCAAGCUAACCCUGUUUCCGCUCCUUGUAUGGUGAUCUGUGCAGAAGUGUGCUCACACUGCGUUCCAGUGCCUAGUUCAUCUUGUUUCAACAAGAGUUUUGUACAGUUCAUUUUGGUUGUUUUUUUUUUUAUUAUUAUUAUAUGAGAUUAAUAUAAUUGACUAGGUUUUUUGGGUGUAUGUGUACAUAUUCCUUAAAUAGUUUUUCUUUUGUGUCAGAUAAAUGAGGAUUUGUAAAGCUGAAUUAAAAUCUGUUGGGCUUAGUUGAGAAACUUGAGUACUGGGUUUGGUUUUUUUUUGUUUUUUUUUCCAUUCAGUAUUUUUGACCUGUCAGCCUACUGUGCAUUUGUAUGCCAUUAAAGUCUGAGAAAUUA